UGUAAGGUUACGCCAAAGCGAGGGCAGGAAUCCCACAAUAGCAGGCGAAAGAGUUUUUGUUUUUUUCGAGGCAGAGCUGCUGCUGGGCUGGUGGCUGCUUCAAUCAAAGGGAAAGGCUGAGGAAAGGGAGGCUCUGCGGAGAGAUGUAAGAUGGCAGAGCUACAAAUGUUGUUAGAGGAAGAGAUUCCGGCCGGUAAAAGAGCGCUUGUAGAGAGUUACCAGAACCUGACCAGAGUAGCAGACUACUGCGAGAACAAUUAUGUCCAGGCCCAGGACAAGAGGAAAGCUCUGGAGGAGACCAAAGCCUACACCACCCAGUCCCUGGCCAGCGUGGCCUACCAAAUCAAUGCCUUAGCCAACAAUGUACUGCAGCUGCUGGACAUCCAGGCCUCGCAGCUGCGGCGCAUGGAGUCGUCCAUCAACCACAUCUCCCAGACGGUGGACAUCCAUAAAGAGAAGGUGGCCAGGCGGGAGAUCGGCAUCCUGACCACCAACAAGAACACAUCGAGGACCCAUAAGAUCAUAGCGCCAGCUAACAUGGAGCGGCCGGUCAGGUACAUCAGGAAGCCCAUUGACUACACUGUACUGGACGAUGUUGGCCAUGGUGUUAAGUGGCUAAAAGCCAAGCAACAUGGGAACAAUCAGUCAAUCAGAGGAGGAACGUUAUCGAGGACCAAUCCGCCGACACAGAAGCCACCAAGCCCUCCCAUGUCAGGGCGUGGCACACUCGGACGCAACACGCCCUACAAGACCCUGGAGCCGGUGAAACCGCCCACGGUGCCCAAUGACUAUAUGACCAGUCCUGCCCGACUAGGUAGCCAGCACGGCCAGCAGCACAGCCCCGGACGCACAGCAUCCCUGAACCAGAGGCAACGCACACACAGUGGAAGUAGCGGGGGAAGCAGCAGCAGGGAGAACAGCGGCAGUAGCGGUAUUGGCAUUCCCAUCGCCGUGCCUACGCCCUCCAUCCCCAACUCUGGACCAGUCCCGCCCAUGUCGGCUCCUCCAGGUGUCCCUCCACCUCCUCCCCCACCCCCACCCAUGUCAGCCCCCCCGGGGGCACCUCCACCCCCACCCCCUCCUCCUCCGCCUGCACCUCCCCUGGCCGGGUUAGGCCCCCCAGCGGCACCACCACCCCCCAUAGCGGUGGCCCCUGGGCCUGGUCUGGGACCCGCUCCAGUGUCCCAGUUUGGAACCAUCUCGCGGCAGAUUUCGCGGCACAACCCCUCCAACUCCUCUGUCUCUAUGGUUUCGGCCACGGGCACCUAUCGCCGGGCGCCGUCGGUCACUUCCCAGUUCUCCUUGCAACAGCAGCAACAGCUACAGCUACAGCAGCAACAACAGCAACAGCAGCAGCAACAACAGCAACAGCAACAACAGCCUCAUAUUAAUGGAGGCACUCCUGGCUAUGGCCAGAACUCAAUGUCUAUUGCCCCCCCUCCUCCCCCCAUGCCCCAGCUGACUCCACAGAUACCUCUGACUGGCUUUGUGGCCAGGAUGCAGGAGAGCAUCGCAGACACCCCUACUCCUCCUCCGCCUCCGCCUCCAGAUGAUAUGCCCAUGUUCGAUGACUCCCCCCCACCUCCGCCCCCUCCCCCUGUGGACUAUGAGGAGGAGGACGCCGCUGUGGUGCACUACAGCGACCCGUAUGCUGAUGGAGACCCACAGUGGGCGCCCAAGAGCUACAUCGAGAAAGUCGUGGCCAUAUACGACUACUCCAAGGACAAGGAUGACGAGUUGAGUUUCAUGGAAGGGGCGAUCAUUUACGUCAUCAAGAAGAACGACGACGGCUGGUUCGAGGGCGUCUGCAACGGCGUCACCGGCCUUUUCCCCGGCAACUACGUGGAGAGUAUCAUGCACUACGCCGACUGAAGGCACCCGACAGUAACAGUACAGUCUAUUUAUUCAGUCAUAUCAUAGUCCACUCUGACAGACUGACAGCGGCCGAUCUCCACCCCCGAGACGCUUCCACCCACUGUAUGAUCUCCUUUUGAUAUGACAGAAUGUUCUUUCUCUUACUGAUUGCAAAUAAAAUGAAAAGUAAUAUCUAUUUAGUUUAUUUUGGUGUAAUAUGGGCAGGUGGGGGACAUUUAUGGAAUAUGUAAAAAAAAAUAAUAAAGUUUUUAAAGUAUUGGACUGCAUACGCUCACAUGGAUUGAACUCAGACGACGGUUGCAUAGCUGAAGGAUGAGCUCGGACAAAGAUCAAAAUGUAAUAAACUGUAAAAGCACCUUCAAGUUAAAUGUGGGCACUGUCGGGUGUAAAUAAUGUGAGCUGCAGCCGCUUGUGUUUCUGUAAUGUAAAUGCAGUGAAUGUCAAUUCUAUGAUAGUUUCCAUUAGUGGUGCCCUCCCUGACUCCAUAAGGCUCAUCUGUACAGGAAAUAAACGCAGAUGACUAACUAAUACUUUACAAAUUUACAAACUUUAUAUUGUAUUCGGAAGAUCUGAAAAUCAGCCUUGGCGGUAAAAGCAUGCAAAAUUUGACGAUAUAAUGUAAUCUGAAGUUUGUUGCCGUUAUGCUUCCAUUAUUCUUUUGUAAAUGUACUCACUGUUUUUUUUUUUUUUUUAAACGCUGUUGAAAUCAUUGAAUUUUGAAGACGCAAAUAGUCUUGACUAUAAAUUAUUUCAGCAUUUAAAAUUAUUAAAUUGAUCCCAACUGAUAUUUUUAAAUCUAGAAUCACACACCCCCCUCCCCUUUUUUUUUCUCUCUCCGUAUUUUGGUUAAUGAUGAAGCUUUUUUCUUUUAUGAUUAUGUCACAUCACUGUUAUUAAGUGUAAUCUCCAAAAGGAAUCUCUAGGAUUGGUAUCUGGCAAAAGUAGGCUCCGGUUGCGACUGCAGGACGGCGAGUGGCGAGCAGUGGUUAUAGUGGAAUUGUGCCUGACACUGCCAUGUGACAAUUCAGAUGUAAUGGAGACCAAUAGACAACUUUAAUACCUCCUUAGUCUGCUGUGGGAGCCCAUUACCACCACUGUGUACAGGGGAAAACAAAGAUCCUGAAUAAUGACAUAGUAUCUGAAAAUAACUAGUACAUUUCUAUAGCGAGUUAUGAGCAUACACUGGAUAUAAUCAGUGCACGCAGGAGCUGUGACAUCAUCCAUUGUGACUGAUUGAUGCCCAUUGGCCAUGAUGAUUUUUCAGAGCCAGAAGUGACCAUAUUUGGGCAAAAGAGGCGGAACUCUGGGGGUAUGAGGCGUCAGAGAUGAGCUAACGCUACACAUCAGCUUAUUGAUUCAGUAACAAUUUAAUCAAGAAUUGCAUGAGAAAUUAAUUUUAUGUCUUGUUAGUGGAAGUACAGUGGAGCUGUUUGUCUGUGGCAAAAAAAAAGUAUUUUUUAAAAAAAGUGCGACUUUGGGGGUGAGUGAGCUGUCAAACACACCUGUCAAUCAAAACUGUAUAUGGCAGAUGUCGGAGCGUUUAACGGAGGAAAAGGAUCUAAACAUGGUCCAGAUCAGUUAUUAGAAUCUAGAAAGACUUCAUGGAAAAAAAAAAUGCUGACUUUGUGUCAUUAGAGUGAAGUUCAGUGUAAGUUUUGAAGCCUCCCCCCAGUGGUCAUCACUGGUAUUACAUCAUUAUGUUACUUCUGCAUCGGCUUCAUUUUGGAGCUAAGGCUUAGGUACAAAACUAAAAGUACAAGAACAGUCAAACAAGAUAAAAUGCAAUAAAGCAACAAACAAAACAGAGGGAAAAAAUGGAAUAAAAGAAACAACUUUAAAAAAUGGAAUUAGAUAUAAAAGAAUAAUGUAAAUGCUUGUCUUUGCAGAUGUAUAUUUAAAAGACUAUUAAAAUGAACCAAUGUAUAAUAAUGUGAAUUUAUUAAAACAGUAGAGAAUCAAUGCUCUCAAAAGUAUUUAGUAUCUCAAAAUAAUACUUUU